AUGAAGGUGCACUUGUUCAUCCUCCUUUUGAUAGUCUCAUGGUUGUCCAGGAAGAUUACUUCUCUUCCUCCUGAAUCUAGAGUACUCGGUCGUCGUAGUUUUCCCGAUAAUUUUGUUUUUGGAACUGCUGCAUCUGCUUUUCAGUAUGAAGGUGCCACAAGUGAAGGUGGAAAAUCGCCAAGUAUAUGGGAUUACUUCAGCCACACUUUUCCAGAAAGAACAAAUAUGCAGAAUGGAGAUGUAGCGGUCGAUUUUUACCAUCGUUAUAAGGAUGACAUCAAGUUGAUGAAAGAGCUUAAUAUGGACGCUUUCAGAUUUUCAAUUUCGUGGGCCAGAUUGAUACCCAGUGGGAAGGUAAAAGAUGGAGUAAACAAAGAAGGUGUACAAUUCUACAAUGCUCUCAUCGAUGAGCUUAUUGCUAAUGGCAUUCAACCUUCGAUGUCCCUCUAUCAUUGGGAUCAUCCUCAAGCUCUGGAGGAUGAGUAUGGUGGCUUUCUAAGCCCUCAAAUAAUAGAAGAUUUUCGAGAUUUUUCAAGAGUGUGUUUUGAAGAAUUCGGAGACAGAGUUAAGAUGUGGACUACUAUAAACGAGCCUUACAUCAUAACUGUUGCGGGCUAUGAUACGGGCAACAAAGCAGUUGGACGUUGCUCGAAAUGGGUGAAUAGUCAGUGUCAAGCUGGUGAUUCCGCUACCGAGCCUUAUAUUGCAUCACAUCAUCUUCUUCUUGCUCAUGCCGCAGCUGUACAAGAGUUCCGGAAAUGUAACAAGACUUCACAAGACGGUCAGAUUGGGAUAGUGUUAUCACCGUUGUGGUUUGAGCCUUAUGACUCCACUUCUCUUGACGAUAAGGAAGCUGUUAAUCGAGCUCUUGCCAUUGAACUAGAUUGGCAUUUAGAUCCAGUUAUCCACGGAGAUUAUCCAGAAACACUGAAGAAACAAAUCGGGAAGAGAUUACCAUCUUUCACCGUAGAACAAUCCAGAAUGUUAAAAAACUCAUCUGAUUUCAUUGGAGUAAACUAUUAUACCGCACGCUAUAUUGCUCAUCUUCCUCACGUUGAUCCUGCACGACCUCGAUUCAAGACUGAUCAACAGUUAGAAUGGAGAGAUUCUAAGAGUAUUGAUGUUUCAAUGGUCACACAGGAAGAUCGAGGCAUACUUCACUCAGUACCAGAAGGUUUACGAAAAGUUCUUAACUACAUCAAAGAUAAAUACAACAACCCUACAGUCUAUAUAAAAGAGAACGGAAUUAAUGACUACGACGACGGUACAAAAUCACGAGAGGAUAUUCUCAACGAUACAUUCAGGAUAAAGUACCAUGAGGACCAUCUUGAACAACUCCACAAAGCUAUAAUAGAUGAUGGAUGUGACGUCAGAGGAUACUACACGUGGUCGUUACUAGACAACUUUGAGUGGGAGCAUGGAUACGCUGCUAGAUUCGGUCUUUACUACGUUGACCGAAAAAACGAUCUCAAACGGUAUCCUAAAGAUUCCGUCAACUGGUUCAAACAGUUUCUCAAUAGACCGGUUACAAAAAGUGAAGAAGAAGAUAAUGAAGAAGGUUGGAAGGUGUCACGUGAGGAAGAAAAUAAGACUUUGGAUGACACAGUAGGUUCCGAGACAUCGUUUGAUUUUAUUUUAAAUCUCAUAACAAAUGGAUCGAGAAUAGAAGAAGAGGGGAGAGAUCUCUGCGCUUUUGAGAAGCCUAAUGAUCAGUUUGGUGUUUUCUUGGGGCGGCAAAGCUCUUUGGAGCUCUAG